AUGGUAGAUGGCAUCAAUCGCUCCCAGUCCAUCGGUGGAGGUGAUGCUGAUGGAGAAGCCGUGAAACAGAGGCGAGUGCAAGUCUCGUCGCUUGCGGAUCGUGCUCGGGCCCCGUGUGUGGGAGUGGGAAGCGAGCGACACGAGCUCGCCCAAGACGUGCUCGGUGGUCUGCAAGAGGAUGAGCAGCGUGCCGAGUGGACGGGGACGAGAGCGGGGACGGGAGCGGGGACGGGAGCGGGAUUGCGUGUGACGGUCACGGGUGCAGCUCCACAAUGGCAAUGGCAGUGGCAACGGCAACGGCGGGGCGAUGAGCAGUCGCAGCCUCGCUGGAAACUUUCACCAGCAGCGCCAGCGCAAAACAGACCAGCGCGGAGAUCAUCGGAGGAUCGUUUCCCCGAUCCGACGCCUGCUUGGCAGCGUAGCGAAGACGUGCAGACUUCCACUCCUGCUCUGCUUCUGCUUCUGCUUCUGCUGCCCUCCGUCGACACAACAACAAGACAAAUGAUCCAUCGCUCAGCAUUCGUCUCGCCAGCUCAAAAUGCUGCUUCAGAAGUUCAGAUUGCAGCUCACGGCCCCGGGCGCUGUGAAAUUUUCCGCAUAUUGUUCCGCGCAGAACCGCCGCAUCAGCUUCCCAGCUGCCCCAGUUAA